UUUUAAAAUUUCAUGUCAAAUGCCACAUCAAAUUAAACGGGGGUAUCUCUUACUGUUACCAAAAUACUUCGUAUAUCUUCCAUUUCCGUUUCUCCAAACCGACUUCUUAUCGAGUCCAUUUCCUUUUUUCAAAUUUUCCUCAAAGCCACUCUGUUCAAAACAACUCCGGCUACAGAAACGCUGUCGUUCUUACAAUUACUUCUAUACUUCCAUUCCAUAGCAACAACAAACCUUGAAACUCAAAAGAGAUAUCAAUUGAAUAGUUUCUUUUUUUAUAUAAUCAGAUUAGAUCAACUUUCGCACACCUCAAUUAAAUUCAUGAAAUAUCUAUUACCUCCACUAGUGACACACCAACAACAGAUAUCAGCUAACAAAGCAGACGGAUAGAAUCAUCGAAUAAUUUUUUUUGUUUACGCAUUUCAUUGACCAUACCCCCGGGUGCUGAUUGAAUAUCUUUUCUCCUACAAUGGAAACGGAAGUUCAAUCAAAUUUCACUUACUUGGGAAGAACAUUCAACAAUCUCAGCGUCAAUAAUUCUUCAUCAGCUUUCAGCGACUGCAGCAGUGACAGAUCCGGCGAGUUCACCACAACUUCUUCACAAAGCCGGCGAUUACUAUUAGCACGUGCCUCUGAUAACUACUCCGAUGAAUUAAUCAAACAACUCGUAUCCAAUUUAGAAUCAAAUUCAAUCGACGUGGCAACCCAAGCUGCAAUGGAAAUUAGACUCUUGGCCAAGAACAAACCAGAAAACCGCCUCAAAAUUGCUCGUGCAGGAGCGAUUAAGCCGUUGAUUACGCUUAUAGCGAGUUCUGAUUCACAACUUCAGGAGUACGGUGUAACUGCGGUGCUCAACUUGUCUCUAUGUGAUGAGAAUAAGCAGCUCAUAGCAGCCUCUGGAGCCAUAAAGCCGAUAGUGAAGGCAUUGAAGACGGGGAAUUCCACCACGAAGGAGAAUUCAGCUUGUGCUCUGCUUCGAUUAUCGCAAAUCGAAGAAAACAAAAUCGCGAUCGGACGUUCUGGUGCGAUAUCUCCAUUAGUAAACCUUCUAGAAACUGGAAACCUGCGUGGCAAAAAGGAUGCGUCUACUGCUCUAUUCUGCUUGUGUAGUAUCAAAGAGAACAAAAUACGAGCAAUAGAAGCAGGAAUAAUGAAGCCGUUAGUUGAACUAAUGGCGGAUUUCAGCACAAACAUGGUGGACAAGUCCGCAUUUGUGAUGAGCUUAUUGAUAACGAUGGCGGAAGCGAAGGCGGCGGUGGUUGAGGAAGGUGGAAUUCCGGUGUUAGUGGAGAUUGUUGAAGUGGGGACUCAAAGGCAGAAAGAGAUUGUGGUGGCAAUAUUGUUGGAGCUGUGUGAAGAUAGUUUUGGUUAUCGUACUAUGGUGGCUAGAGAAGGUGCAAUUCCUCCUUUGGUUGCGCUAUCUCAGUCUGGUACAAGUCGCGCCAAGCAAAAGGCGGAGACACUGAUUGCUCUUCUACGGCAACCAAGAUCCACUAACGCCGCUGCAGCAGUAACAACAACACCACCCACAGCUUCUGGUGUGUCUUUUUGAUUGUCUGUCCACCAGAUGUUUUUGCGUGUCUCGACUAAAUCUUUAAGACACUUAUCACCUCUUAUCAACAAUAAAUAUUAGGUAAUUGUACGUCAAGCUAGAACGAACGGAUGUCCACCACAUACUUUUAUGUAUCUCAACAACAGCUAGAUACUGUACAUCAAGGCUAGAAUGGAUGGAUGUCCACCACAUGUUUUGUGUAUCUAUUUCUUUUGUAUGUUUCUUUGUUUUGUAUGAUAGGCUACGUGAGAUAACCACAAAAGAGAUGUCAAAUAGAAGGUGUGAAGAAAAGGGAGAAAAUUGUAAAUACUCCGUACGUUUAAGUUAAGUAGGAUUUUUAAAUUUAUGAGUAAAUUUUAUUUAGACGUUGGAUUGCUCUCCUACGGCAAGUUGGCAACCAAGAUCCAGCAACGCCGCUGCAGAAGUAGUAGCAACACCAAUCAGAACUUCGGAUGUAUCUAUUUGAGUGUCUGUAUACCACAUGAUUUGUUUGGUGUC